AUGCGUUUCACAGUUUUCUGUUUUUUACUUGCUCUACAGUAUGAUUUCGGCUGCGGUCAAAACUUCACCUAUUUGGAGUUUGGAAAAUAUUCACAGAAUCUGACUACUAGUGGAAAUCUUAUAACUGAUAUGUUUCUAGUUUCACUAGAAAAACCAGUAAGUCAAAUGUGUACAAUAAGGAAAAUAGGAGAUUCAGAGACCCGCGAUUCGAAUUGUUGUCAAUUCUGUGCAAUUACUGUCUAUCCGGAUGAUUCAAUUUGUGGAGCGCCGAAAAGUAAUGAAACCCUCAAUAGGGUUAAAGAAGCUCAUAUCUCAGUUUCACCUGUUCCAGCAUAUCUAAAAUACCGAUGGAUUGAUAGUUACGAGAAUAAUGAGCCGCCAAGUAUUUUCGAAGGGAAUGACACGGAAGUGAAUGCAAUUGUCUCAAAAAAGAAGUUUUUUAAUAAGCCAUCUAAUAUCGUGAGCUAUAAGGAAUACGAAAAACAGAGACUAGUGAAAGACUCAAAGUAUUUCAACUUUUUGUUCUUCCAAAUUUUCGGGUCCAUUCUUCCUGCACUAACAACAUUAUUUCAAAAUCGACAGCAGUCAUCAAAUCGAAUGGAUUUGGAUAGAUGCUACCUGAACUACAAAUGCGCUCCAGAUGCAAUGUACUUCAACUCUCUGAACAAGCUAACCAGUGCUAGUAGCUUGGCAGUUGUUGGAAUAUUGAACUUGAUUGUAGUCUUUAGAAAAAAUAUAUUUCGAUAUCAAAUUCCCAGAUUUCCCACUGCGCAUGGUAUUCAACAAAGGGAUGCUCCAAAAGUGGUUUGCUUGUUGGGACUCGUGGCUAUGGGUAUCCUAUGGUCGAUUACCUAUGGUCGAUUACCAAUAAUUGUCCACAUAAAGCGACUCUUCACUUGUGUAAGUAUUUUGAAAAAGAAAUCAAAAUCAAUAAUCUUCUUAAGAUGUCUACGAUUUUCAAUGGUUAUGUUAUUCCGCAUGGAUGUGGAUCUAUUCAAAACGGCAUGGUGUGCGGAGAUGGCAGCAAUAUUUUAUUAUCUCCGUGUCUUCUCUGUUCGGGUCAGAAAAUGUAGAAAAACGAUACUGCCCGAAAUGAACGAUACAGCAAGGUUGAUGAUUAAAAUUUCAUUUUCCAUUACUGCUACUUUUGCCACGAGUUUUCUAUGCUACAAAUACUACUAUGAGCGUCCUUCUGGCCUAAACGUUCAUCAGUGGAUUAAAAGACCUUUAACCAAACAAGAAAAAAUUUUAUCGGAAGCAGACAUUGUCUAUCAGCCAUUGAAAUCUAAAAUUGUGUAUAUUGUCGUAUUCAUCCUCUACACCUUGUUAUGCUCAGUAACCAUAUUUAUUUUCCCAAAUCAAACCGAAACCCAAUGUUGCUUUCGGUUAGGCAAAGGACAAGUUGGAAUUUAUUUGGUGUACUACAUUAUUCAAAAAAUUCGAUUCGAAUGGAAUACCUUCUCAUUACGAUCAGUGGUCUCUUGCUCACUCUAUUUUUUUUUCUCUGUGGAAUGUAUGAAUCGUUACAGUGCGACUUAUCGGAACACGUAUGCAGCGUCUCUUACACCUGCUAGAUCCUGCGAGCUCAACUCGGAUUGUGUGUUGCCUGGAGUUGAUUGGAAGGAUCUACGACACUAUAAUUGUGCAUUAGAUUGUUUCCUUUUUAUUGUUUUAUUAUACUUAUGGAUUUGA